CCUAGACAGUCUCCGGAGGUUCCACUGCCCACAAUCUUUCCCCCCAUUCUGAAGCUGCUGAGUCCCUGCAGUGUUUGGCGAUGCUUGGCCCUGGCAGGCCACGUCUCCUCUGGCUCCUGGCUCUCUGGCUGGCUGGUGUGGGCCAGGGGAAGGGAGAAAAGGUCCAGUCCAAAUACUGUAAUACGAAGACCAAGUUCCUCACAAGUUCUCAAUGUACCUCAUGUGCGGCUUUUAAGAAUCAGGCCUGCCCAGCAGGCUGGACCAAGAAUUGGCAGAAAGAUCCUCAGGAAUGCAGUUACACUGUGACUCUGGGAGAGAACGACAUCUUGAUGACUGGCUGCAGCCAGGCCUGCUGGAAAGAGGUGGAAGAAAAGGCUUGCUGUCCCGGGUACUGGGGCUCUAAGUGCUAUGAGUGUCCUGGGGGAGCCAGUAAACCCUGUAAUGGUCACGGUACCUGCCUGGAUGGGAUUGGUCAGAAUGGGACAUGUGUGUGUGAGGAAGGAUAUGGUGGCUUUGCCUGCCAGCAGUGCAAAGAUGGGAGCUUAUUUGGUCCUGACUGCAAGUCAGUGUGUGCCUGUGUCCAUGGGGUGUGCAAGAGUGGACCCCAAGGUGAUGGCAGCUGUCUCUGCUUUGCUGGUUACACUGGCCCCCGGUGUGACCAGGAAGUGCCUGCCUGCAAGGACCUGGCCUGCCCAAAGAACUCACAGUGUGUGGUUGCAGACACUGGGGUACCCAGCUGCAAGUGCCUACCAGGCUACCGGCUCCAGGGUAGCAAAUGCCGAGCCCAAGAUUCCUGUUUUUCCUUUUCCUGCUCUCCUUUUGCUACAUGCUCAGUCCUGGAGGAUGGAGACCUUGAAUGUCAGUGCAAGGCUGGUUAUCAUGGUGAUGGGAAGUUCUGCCAACCCCUGGACCCCUGCACUUCCAACUAUGGUGGCUGCCCCAGUGACACCACCCUAUGCCUAUAUGUGGGGCCAGGCAAGUCCACCUGCAUCUGUCAACCAGGCCUAGUCAAGAUUGGCUUCAACAUCUCCGAAGGUUGCAUGCCUGCCAUCACCCCCUGCCGUCACUUCUUCUGUGACAGUUCAGCCACUUGCCAGGUCGAUGAGCAGGGGAAGGCCAGGUGUGUCUGCGACAAAGGGGAGAUCGGAGAUGGACGCUCCUGUUACGGACACUUUCUCAGAGAGCUGGAGAGAUUGAAUAGCCGGCGCCCGAACCUGAGGAAGUUAACUACAGCCUUGUCCAUGCUGGGUAAAGGCUGUGGGGAGAUUCUGUCCAAGUCUGGGCCUUUCACAGUGCUGGUCCCAUCCUUGUACCUGUCUGGGAGUUUGAAUGAAUCAUUAUCAAGAUCGAUAUGCAAACUAUACAUCAUUCCUGGACAGCACCUUAUAAAAGAUCGCCUCUCGGUCCCCUCCAAGACAUUGUGGACAUUGGCUGGAGAGUCAGUGACCUUUACUAGCGACAAGUAUCUAAACUCUGGGAGAGCAUACAAAUACAAAGACCAACCAGGUUCGACAUACAACAUCAUUCAGCAGAACUUGCCUGCAUCCAAUGGCAUUUUCCAUCUUGUCAGCAGCAUCCGCAAGCAGCCCCCUUCAUCCUUCAUCCCAGGAGACCCAGAGAAAUCCAUCGGAAAGAUCCUGGCUUCCAUGGAUGUCUUCAGUCGGUUUGAAACCAUCCUGGAGAACUGUGGCCUCCCUUCCAUCCUUGAAGGCCCAGGGCCCUUCACUGUAUUUGCCCCCAGCAACGCUGCUGUGGACAGCCUGAGAGACGGGAGGCUCAUUUACCUUUUCACUGAGGGCAUCUCUAAACUGCAGGAACUGGUGAAGUAUCAUAUUUACAGCAACGCUGGGCUGACUGUGGACAAGCUUAUAUCCUUGAAGCUAAUCCAAACCAUGGCCAACCAGGUCCUGCUCACGAACAUCACAGAGGAGGGGCGCAUCCUCUUGGGCUCUCCUGGAAUCCCCUUGAAGAGCGUGGAUAUUGUGGCAUCCAAUGGAAUCAUCCACCUGCUGGAUGGCAUUCUGUUGCCUCCGUCCAUCCUGCCCAUCCUGCCUCAUCGAUGCAAUGAGAACCAGUACAAGAUUGUGACGGGCACCUGUGUAGAUUGCCAGGCCCAGAAUGCCAGUGUAUGUCCCCCCAAUAGCCAAGAGCUGAACAUUUUUCCCAAGGAGUGUGUUUACAUCCAUGACCCAGAUGGCCUGAAUGUGAUGAAGAAGGGCUGUGCUCGAUACUGCAACCAGACUGUUGUGAAGCUUGGCUGUUGUAAAGGCUUCUUUGGCCCUGACUGUUCCCAGUGUCCUGGGGGGUUCUCAAAUCCUUGCUACGGCAAAGGCAACUGCAGUGAUGGUAUCCAGGGCAAUGGGGCCUGUAUAUGCCAAAAAGCCUACAAGGGCAUCGCCUGCCACAUCUGUGCAGAUCCCAACCGGCAUGGAGAGCAAUGUGAGGAAGAGUGUGGAUGUGUCCAUGGUAUCUGUGACAACCGGCCAGGCAGUGGGGGCAUAUGUCAAAGGGACACGUGCACCAAGGGCUUUACUGGCCCCUUCUGCAAUGAGUCCUCAGCCGACUGUGGCCCCACCGGCCUGGCCCAGCAUUGCCACCCCCGUGCCCGCUGUGUUACCCUCGAAGGCCGUGCCAUGUGUGUCUGUCCCCCUGGCUUCGAGGGUGAUGGCUUCUCCUGUGAGGUCAGGCAUCCCUGUGACCAACCAGAUCGAGGCGGUUGCUCUGAGAAUGCCCAGUGUAUCAAGGGCGUUUCAGAGCCCCAGCGAUGCGUAUGCAACAAGGGCUGGAAAGGAGAUGGCAAAGUCUGUGUUGCCAUUAACCCAUGCGAGCUGGAGACUCGGGGUGGCUGCCAUGUGGAGGCCCACUGCAACUAUAUUGGCCCGGGACAGAGUUCCUGUACCUGCAAGCCAGGCUUCGCAGGGGAUGGUUACGAGUGUAGCCUCAUCAACCCAUGUCUGAUGGCCCACAAUGGCGGGUGCCAUGUGCUGGCCACAUGCCGGCCCCGCGGGGAUGGAGGACAGCCGCUCUGUUUGUGCCCGGAUGGCUAUGGCGGAGAUGGCUUCACCUGCUAUGGGACCGUCAUGGAGGAGCUAAAGAGAAAUGACCAUUUUGCUGAGUUCUAUCAAUGGAUUAAGAGAGCUGGCUUUGCCCUCCCUACCAGGGGCAAUUUUACAGCCUUGGUGCCAUCAGAAUCUGCUAUCCGGAGUCUGAGCCCUGAAGACAAGGCUUUUUGGCUGCAGCAACAACAGUUGCUUCACCUGCUCAGGGCUCACUUCCUCCCAGGGGCUCUUACCACUAGGCAGCUGUCUGGCCUCUUUGGACAGGAGGUGACCACCCUGAAUCCACCCACACGUUGGGAGAUCAGCAACAGUAGUGGGGAAAUCACCAUUCAGAAUGUGAGCAUGGCGGUAGCUGAUAUCCUUGCCACCAAUGGAGUCCUACAUAUUCUCAAUAAGGUACUACUGCCAUCUCGGAUGGAUGCUCCCCCUCCCCGGCUCAGCCUGAGGCAGCAGCUGGAUGCCAUCCCCUCCUUCAGCAUCUUUAAGGAAUUGUUAUUGCAAUACCAGCUACUGGCCCAGAUCGAGGCUGCUGCUGCCUAUACCCUCUUUGUGCCCACAAAUAGCUCAGUGGAGGAGUACUGCCUGAAAGCCAAUCUGAGUACUCUGGACCUAGAAACUGUGAUGCGCCACGUGCUCCUUUUCGAGGCUCUCACCCCGGAUGCCAUGCGGACCGGGAUGCACCGAAAUUCCCUCCUGGGCGCCUCGUACGAGCUAAUCUUCUACGUCAGGCAGGGGGACCUGCCCCUGGUGAACCAGGUCCCCGUGGUGGGUCCCACGCUGAAGCCCCAGGGUGGUGUUGUGCUGGGCUUGGGAGGGGUACUGGCCGAGAGGUCCAACAUUUGUCCUCGCUCUCACGAGGCUGCAGUCAGGAAGAAAUGCGGCAGCUGUGAACGGAGAAACCGCUGUCCUUCUGGCUACAGGACCCAGAAAAGCCCCCGAGAAAGCUGUAUCUACUUGGCUAAUGAAAUUCGGGUCACAGGCUGCUUCUACACAUGUGUCAAGAAAAUAGAGAUCCCUGACUGCUGCCCUGGCUACUUUGGAACCCUUUGUGAGCCCUGCCCUGGGGGUCCAGGUGGUAACUGUUCGGGUCAUGGGCAGUGUCAGGAUGGCCUUCUGGGUAAUGGAGAGUGUCGCUGUCAUGAAGGCUUCCAUGGCACUGCUUGUGAAGGAUGUGAGCUAGGGCGCUAUGGGCCUGACUGUGCUGGAGUUUGUAACUGUGGCCAUGGAAUGUGCCAGGAUGGGCUGCUUGGGAAUGGGAGCUGUAGCUGCAAUGUGGGCUGGAAAGGCCCCCGCUGUGACCAAGAGAACACUGCUUCAUCGUGUCCAGAAAAAUGUGACCCGUUUGCCAACUGCAUCAACGCCUCCUGUGUCUGUUCCGCUGGAUACACUGGCAAUGGCACCAGCUGCUCAGAAGUAGACCCUUGUGCCCAGGAUCAUGGGGGCUGCUCCCCUCAUGCCAAUUGCACCCAGGUGGCCCCUGGACAGAGGACGUGCACCUGCAAGGAAGGCUAUGCUGGAGAUGGGGAGCUGUGUCUGGAAAUCAACAGAUGCCUGAUUAAAAAUGGUGGCUGCCAUGCCAAGGCUGAGUGUGUCCCUACAGGGCCCAGCCAGGUAGCCUGUAACUGUGGACUCGGUUACACUGGGGAUGGAAUCCAGAGCUGUGUCCCCAUCAACCUCUGCACAAAGGAUAAUGGAGGCUGCAGCCCCUACGCUUUGUGUAACAACACAGGUCCUGGACAGAGGACCUGCACUUGUGGCAUCACAACCAUCGGCGAUGGCUUUACCUGCCGGACCAGGAUAAGCCUGGAGCUCCUCCGGGACAAGGACGCGGCCUUUUUCAGCCACUACUUUAUGGAAUAUCAGGAAUUGAAGGGAGACGGGCCCUUCACAGUCUUUGUCCCUAAAGAAGAUUUAAUGAAGAACUUUACCCGGAGAGAGCUGGCCACCUUCAGCAUCCAUCGGCAGCUCUUGUUCCGAUACCACACGGUGGGGUGUAGGCGCCUGCUGACCCAGGACCUACUGGAGGCAGGAUAUGUGACCACCCUGUCUGGCCACAAGCUCCAUUUCACCCAGCAUGAGGGACGCGUCUAUAUCAAUGAGCAUGCCCAGGUGGUGGCUGAAGACCAGCUUGGGGUGAACGGUGUCCUCCAUUUCAUUGACAAACUGCUACUGCCCCCAGAGGUUGUGCACUGGACCAACAGCUCUUCACUGCCUCCCAAGCAAAAUAUCACAGAAGCAGCUGAGAGCUGGGGCUACACCAUCUUUAGCAAACUUCUGACGACAGCCAGGGUGCUUCCAAUGUUCCAUGAUAAGACUGACCAGCCCUUCACUGUUCUGUGGCCCACGGAUGAAGCCUUGAAAGCCCUCUCCCCUGAGCGCCAGGCCUGGCUCUACCAUGAGGACCAUCGGAAGAAGUUGGCAGCCAUCUUGAGGGGCCAUGUGAUCCGCAAUGUCAAAGCUCUGGCCUCUGACAUACCCAGCCUGGGUGAACUCAGAACAAUGCAUGGCUCCCCCAUCUCCUUCUCUUGUAGCAAGACUCUGCCGGGUGACCUCUUGGUUGGUGAAGGGGAAGCUCGGAUUGUGCAGCGACACAUGGAGUUCCUGGGGGGCAUUGCCUAUGGCAUCAACCAGCUCCUGGAGCCAGCAGGGCUGGGGUCCCGCUGUGACCACUAUGUCAAGGAACAGUUGUCGACGUUCAGACAGUACUGUGGCUCAUGCGUCAUGCUGCCCCCUUGCCCCAUGGGCUACAAGGAUGAGGGUGACAUCGAGUACUGCUUGAGGGACAGCCCUUUGAGGAGACCUUUCUUUCUGAGAUACAGCUCCUACGAUCCAUUUUUAUUCUCCCGAUUGUCUCAGAAACCCGGCUGCCGCCGCCGUUGCUUUACAGUCACCUGGAAACCAGCUUGUUGCCGGGGACACUAUGGCAUCGACUGCCAAGUGUGCCCAGGGGGGCCAGAAAACCCAUGUAAUGGCAACGGAGUAUGCAGUGAUGGAGUGACAGGGACAGGGGCCUGUAGAUGCAACAAGGGCUUCAACGGGACGGCCUGUGAGCUCUGUGCUGCAGGGGCAUUUGGCCCUCAUUGUCAAGCUUGUCGAUGCACAGACCAUGGCCAAUGUGAUGAUGGCAUCUCAGGUUCUGGUUUUUGCUUCUGCGAUGAAGGUUGGAGUGGACAGUACUGUGAGACAAAGCUGGAUAUUCAGCCUGUGUGCUCCCCACCCUGCGAUCUCCAUGCCGUAUGUCGAGAAGACAACACCUGUGAAUGCAACCUGGACUAUGAGGGGGAUGGCCACAAAUGCACAGUGAUUGACCACUGCCAGAGUGGAUACGGAGGCUGCAGCCAGCAUGCCAACUGCAGCCAACAGGGUGUAGUUGUGACCUGUACUUGCCACCCUGACUAUGAAGGCGAUGGAGUGUUCUGUCAGGCCCGGGACCGCUGUGCAGAUGGCCAGAAUGGGGGCUGUAGUGAGCAUGCUGAAUGCAUUAGCACCGGCCCAAACACCCGCCGCUGUGAGUGCCGAGCUGGCUACGUGGGGAAUGGCUUGCAGUGCCUGGUGGAGGCUGCGCCCCCUGAGGAUCGAUGCCUGGAGACUCCUGGGCCCUGCCACCCAGAGGCCAUCUGCACUGACCUGCACUUCCAAGAGAAACGGGCUGGAGUGUUCCACCUGCAGUCUCAGGAGGGCCAGUACAAACUGACCUUCAGGGAGGCAGAGGAGCAGUGUGUGGCCCAGGGUGCUGUCUUAGCUUCCUUGGACCAGCUUUCAGCAGCUCAGCAGCUCGGGUUCCACCUGUGCUUGAUGGGCUGGCUAUCAAAUGGCACGGCUGCCUAUCCCAGUGUCUACCCUAGCACCAGCUGUGACAGCAAUCACGUGGGCAUCGUCAUCCAUACAGCCCAGAGCAAUUUCAAUGAGCGCUGGGAUGCCUACUGCUACCGUGUGCACGAUGUGAUGUGCCGGUGCCGGGAUGGCUUUGUGGGUGACGGGGACACAGUCUGUAACGGAAAGCUGCUGGAUGUCCUGGCUGCCAAUGCCAACUUCUCCACCUUCUAUGGGUUACUGCUAGAUUAUGCCAACACCACACAGCAUGGUCUAGAGUUCCUUGGCUUCCUAUCUGAUGAGCUGGCCUUCAAGACGCUCUUCGUCCCCAUCAACUCUGGAUUUGGGGACAAUGUGACUCUGAGCUGGAAGGACUUGGAGCUCCAUGCUUCUAAUGUCACCUUUCUGAGCGUGAACCUCAGCCAGAGCACCAUCCUUCCUGCCCACUCAGGCCACCAGCUUUUCAUCAGUAACUCCUCUGCUGGGAACAGUACCGUAUUCAAGCAGGGCCCCGAUGUGGUGAGAGUCAGUGCUAUUGUGGAAUGGGACAUCAUCGCCUUCAAUGGCAUUAUCCAUGCCAUCGAGAGCCCCCUCACUGUGCCCCCAGAGCCGGAGGCUCCGCUGGCAAGGACCUCCGCUUCUGUAGCAGUUGGCACAUCCACUGCACUGGGGGCAGGGCUGGUUUUGGGAUUGGUGGCCCUAUAUUUCCACUACAAAGUCAAGGGCCAAGGAUUCCAGUUCCACUAUUUCAAGGCUGAAGAUGACGAAGAUGACUUCUCACCCUGGCAAGAAGGACCUAGUCCACCCCUGAUCUCUGUACCCAACCCCACUUUUGAUGGCCAUGACACCUUCUAUGAACCCUUUGAUGACUCAUUACUUGAGAAGGAGUUCACGGAUACCCACGGAAUCCUUGAAGAGGAGUAACCAGGGCCAGGGAGGAGUGGUGGCCCCUAAAUCAUGCUCUUCCCCAUACCCAGCCCUGCCCACCCACCACCACCCCAUUCCCCCAUAGAUAUUUACAUGGGCCUCAGUAGCCCAAUAGAAGAGGGGUGCAUCACCCUUAUUUGCACAGCCUCUUCCUGCAGAGGCCAGGGCCAGAAGCAAGCCUGCAGGAGACAUGUAGCCUACUGGGGCUACAGUUGGCCCAGGCACCCACAUUUUGCUCCCUAUCUCUCUCUCUCUCACACACACACUUCACCACCUCCUUAGGUCUUAAGGUCCAGCUCUGACCCAAACUUUCCUCAGGGGAUUUUUUGCUGGAAACUGCCCUGGAUGGGGAGGCCUGGGGUGGGGUGGGGGGUGAUGGGCUCCCUACUCUCAGGUCCAUCCCUGGCUAGAAGCUCUGGACCUAUGUCAGCCAUGAGAGGCAAGCACUAAGUAGCUGUCACUGGAGCUCCCAACCAGCAACACGUACAACAGUCAUUUGACGUUUAUUUGUCUUCUAUGAGGACUCUUGGCUACACAGAAUGGAUGCUCCCCCUGCUCAACGCCCCUUAUCCCCUCCCUCCCACCCCUAGGCCCUCUAGGAGAUGGAGGGAAGCAGCAGCCUCCAAAGGCUGGCACCAACUUGCCUCCCCCUGGACCUUUAGACAUGGGUAGUGGUUCUUUCCUCUCCUGUAUUUGGGAACCAGCCAGAGUGCAGCUCUGGCCCCAUCUUGCAGAAAGUAUCAAUGUGCUACACCCCCUCCCACGUCCCCACCCUCCCUCCAGACAGAGAGGGGCACUGACCUGGGUCUUAGGGACUCAACCUUCUCUCUCCCACAGGGGAGGGGCCAAUUGCACAAUUCAGCUCACAGUGGCUGUUGUACCUCAGAUGGGGGUGGGGUGGGGUGCCUUUGAAAACUCACGUCACCCAAAAAAUAAAGUUCUUGUGUCCA